AUAAGUACAGGUCGUCACCGACGGCGGCAAGUGUCGAUCGGGCAGAGAUUUUUGUAGCUGGCGACAGUUUGCGUUCGAGUUCCGCAUACAACGCGCCGUUCGCCGUUCACCGACAGUAACGAUCAACUCUUAUCAACUUAGCCCCGGUACGGAAUAAAAUAAAUGGCGUUUGGUGCGAUCACAAUUGCACGAUGCUCCAUCAUCAUCAAUAUCUGCCGGUGUUCGUGACCUGAAACGCACCAGCCACCGUCCCGCUGGACACAAUCGCGCACAAACACCUGAUCGUUUUCGGCCACCCUCACACGCACAACGGACCAGCUGCAAAGAAAAGCGCAAAAAAAAACAACGAAAAGCAAAGCUCAACGCCACCCUCAACGGGGGUGCGUGUGUGAUAUAGGUGUGUGGCGGGAUAAAAACAAACACGAUUCACCCUCACACACGGCAUCCAAAACACAGUACCACCCCAGCCUUGUUCGAAUCUAAUCAGCCAAAAAGCCACCAGAAGCUGAUACAGUCCCACACACAGGCAGCUGGAGCUGGGACGAGCCGCGCAUUUAUUGUUUUAACACAGUCUGGCGGUGUGCGGUGUUUUCGGGGCCUCUGCGAACCUUCGCGCGCGUUGGUACGGUCAGAAAAUGUGGCAACGCGUCCCGGGACGGUUCGUGCUUUGUGUUCUGGUUGCAUUCCAGUCGAUGGUCGCGGUGUGAGCAGCGGACGUUAAGGUUCUCUCUUUCUGCUGAGUGCGGUCCAAAAAUUAGACAGCUUUUCCGAGUGAAAUUGUUCGUGAUUUUGUGUGGCAAUUUGUGGGGCUUUUACAAGUGCGAUACAAGUGCCUUUAAACUACGCGCGCGGAGUUGUUGUUUACCGAGGGUGAAACAAGCAAUUACGCAAAUCAGUUUUAAUAAUAGCGCAACGAGUGCAACGAAUAACAAAAAGCUACCGAUCGAAACGAGAAAGCAUAAGCGCACACCGGUCCUCUUGCGGUGAUCUUCAUUCGAUUGAAGUGCAGUGGCAGAAUCAUCCGUUACCGGAUAGUCAGUGUGGCCGGCGCAAAAGAUGGGAUUCAACUGUACACUGUGUGGACUUGGUCCACGGGUGACCGUGUUCGUCAUAGGCACGAUCACGCUGGUAUUCGCCUUGCUAAUGGCUGGAUUAGCUACGACAGCAAUACUGGCGUACAACUGUGAGAUCGACAUGACAGAUUCGCGGGAAACGUACGGCCUCUAUUUGUUUUACUUCCGCUCUGCAGAGUGUGGUCCCGUUAAUCUUCGAUAUCUGGGCAUUAACGUCAACGUUACUAUUCCAUUCCCGGACACGACUGAUGCCGUUGAGCGAACGUUUGUGUUUGCUAUCGUAUCUGCAGCACUGCAUGGCGCUCUGGCCGUUACGACGGUACUAUUGUUCGGUACAAUGUGCGUUUCAUGCUUGGGUCGCGGUUGCGUGGUAGUUGGAUUCUAUCCCUGGAUUCUUGCUAUGUUCCUUGUCCUUGCGCUGGACGUUACUGGAUUCGUAACAUAUUUGAUCGAUUUCAUCAAUGUUAUGAAUCUUGAUGGAGUAAUAGACCUGUUGGAACUGGAUAACAACAAUAUCACUCGGCAGGCAUUGGGCCAAGUAGACGACAUCUACUUUAUCGCACCGUCCCUCUUCAUGUGGCUUGCAUUUAGCAAAGCCGUACUGUUUUGGUUCAUGUUUCUCGUUUUCCUGGCCGUCAUCAUCAGUCUCUCGAUGACGCUGUGGAAAGAGAACAAACCGGCCCCGUCGUACAACGAAUCGAUGCAACCACGGCAAGUGAUGCAUCCAACAAGCCCUCCGGCGGACCUAGAGGAACCUUACCACGCUGCAGCGCGUUACUUCGAUCAAGCUCCUCAGCAGCAGUUGCCCCCGGUACAUCAGCAAGCGCCACCGAUAUAUCCACCGAUGCCACCCCCCAAUCAGCUGCAAUUGCCACAUUCCGAUCCAAACGUAAAGCGCACAAUGGAACCGUUGAACGAUGCCUACGAUAAUGGCAGCUUCCGCGAGGAUAGUCUACCGUAUCUGCCAGCUUCGGCACAUGACACGACCGUACCGAUGCCGCUACAGGUGAAGCAAACGGUUGACCCAUACACGGACAAACGCUUCUCGUAUCUACCGGGACAGCCGGCACCAUUCUCGUACCUUGCCGGUCCACCAUCGAGCAACAGUCCGCGAAGCUCGGUAAUGGCUCCACCGGAAGUGCGCAAUCAACUACCGUGGUCAUACUUCCCCGCCCCGGACGAGAAGAAAGCGGCCAGCAAGCGAUUCACGUCCACGCUGACGGAGGAGAAAGAAUUCCCCGGCGAGGAGAAACAACUCCCAACGCUUAAGGCCGGUGCAUUCCCUGACGAUCGAUCCAGCGUGACAACGGAUGAAGGAAAGUGGAGUGGACCUGAGUACAAAUACUAGUCAAAAUACGCACCAUCAGUUUGCAUGGAUUAAGUAUUCUACGCCAUCGCGGCACACAGAGGCUAGAAUGGGGCCGCCCAGACCGACGGUUGCGGCUAGCUGGCUGUUAGUUUUUGUAAAUAUCUCUAUUAUCUUGUUUAAACCCCCGACGACACUGUACUUCAGCGCGAGAUGGCUAACGGAUCAUGUGACCGCGUUUGUCUUGCUCGCGUUUUAGUCAUAGGAGCAAUAAUGUGCAGCAAAUUAACACAAUCAUGUGCCAGAGAGGCUUAGUUCUCCGGUACUGGUGGAAUCUUACUGAAAACGAGUAUACGAACACACCUAUAGAAACAGCGUUAACAAUAGUAUUGCAUAUGGUGAUAAAAUUAUAGCGCGAGUGUGAGAGAUUAUUUGAAUGGAAAUACUAUUGCUGCGUUAAUCAUUUGUCGAUGUGUAUAACGAGCAUUUUAAUGUAAAAUAUACGGGUUACUAUUA